AUGGCUCAUCGUCCGAAUGACCAUCCUCGGCGCGAGGCAGUGAUCGACAUAGGGGGCCGAAAGCCUGCAAGCUUCACCGGCGGACUAGAGUUUUCGAGCCUCACAUACACCGUGACAAAGAAGACCAAGAUUGACGGGAAAUGGCUGACGCAAGAAGUGGACUUGCUGCACAAGAUCACAGGGUUUGCACCCAAGGGUUGCAUCACGGCUGUGAUGGGCCCCAGUGGUGCCGGAAAGUCGACGUUUUUGGAUGGAGUUGCCGGGAGGAUAGCGAGUGGAAGUCUGAAAGGGAGAGUGUCCUUGGAUGGCAAGGAAAUGAGUCCUAGCAUAAUUAAGAGGACUUCAGCUUAUAUUAUGCAGGAUGAUAGGCUUUUCCCAACCCUUACAGUCUACGAGACUUUGAUGUUUGCUGCUGAUUUUAGGUUGGGGCCGGUCACCACUGCUGAGAAGAAACAGCGUGUUGAAAAGCUGAUUCAACAGCUAGGGUUAUCGUCAGCUCGGAACACUUACAUAGGUGAUGAGGGCACUAGAGGAGUAUCCGGAGGAGAGCGCCGGCGAGUCUCUAUUGGUGUUGACAUCAUUCACGGACCUGCCCUCCUCUUCCUCGACGAGCCAACAUCAGGCCUAGACUCCACAAGUGCUCAUAGUGUCAUCGAAAAGGUGCACCACAUUGCACGCUCCGGAAGCACUGUCAUCCUCACCAUUCACCAACCCUCAUCUAGAAUCCAAUUGCUUCUCGACCAUAUGAUCAUCCUUGCUCGUGGCCAGCUCAUGUAUCAAGGGUCACCGAAAGACGUGACUCUUCAUCUCGGCAGAAUGGGACGGAAGGUCCACAAGGAAGAGAGUCCCAUCGAGUACCUCAUUGAUGUUAUUCAGGAAUAUGAUCAAUCUGAACUUGGAGUUGAGGCACUCGCUGAGUUUGCACGUACAGGUGUGAAACCCCCGAAGUUAGCCGAGGGAGACGUGUCGAUUUCAACUAUUCUCCCCACCCCAACUCCACCACGACCCAGUGGCCGUGGGAAAGAUUCAGGCCUCGAGAAGAACGGAAAGCGGCUUCCUCUGCAGACUAGUACACAUGUGAUCAAUGAUUUUGAUCAUAGCUUGAGGAGCCCUUAUAGCAGUAGGAGCCCUUAUAACACUUCGAGGUCAUGGACUGCUACGAAUAGUGGAGUCGUGGAAAGAAUUCACAGCAGAUUUACCCCUUCAAGGAAACCUAAAGAUCUCAACAUGCAAAGCCCCAUGAGUGCAUCCCCUGGCUACAAUUAUUCAAGUGAGAUAAUUCACAGCACACCAACACCACACAGCAGUGACUACACAGUUAACGAAAACGACUAUCUGACCCCUGAGUACGAUCCAAACGCCUCUUCCCACCACAAUCUCGGACCCAAAUUCGCCAACUCCUUCUUGCCGGAGACAUGGAUCCUUAUGCGCCGCAACUUCAAGAACAUUGGCAGAACACCCGAGCUCUUCCUCUCAAGGCUCGUAGUCCUUACAUUCAUGGGCUUAUUAAUGGCCACCAUGUUCAAGAACCCGCCCGAGAACACUCAAGGCAUCACCAACCGCCUCAGUUUCUUCAUCUUCACCGUCUGCCUCUUCUUCUUCUCAUCCAACGAUGCCGUCCCUGCCUUCAUCCAAGAGCGCUUCAUCUUUGUUCGUGAGACUGCUCACAAUGCCUACCGAGCCUCCUCUUAUACCAUAGCUGGCCUAGUCACUUACCUGCCCUUUCUUGCCCUCCAAGCUCUAGUUUACGCAGGUAUUGUCUGGUAUGCUCUAAAGCUCCGCGGACCCUUCCUCUACUUCUUGGUCGUUCUCUAUGUCUCUCUCCUCUCUACAAACUCGUUUGUUGUGUUUGUGAGCUCGGUUGUGCCCAACUACAUCUUAGGAUAUGCCGCGGUCAUUGCUUUCACUGCUCUCUUCUUCUUGUUCUGUGGAUACUUCUUGAACAGUAGUGACAUUCCCAAAUAUUGGAAGUGGAUGAACUACGUCUCCACCAUGACAUACCCAUAUGAAGGCUUGAUCAUGAAUCAAUAUCAGACUCCUCGCCCUUUUGGAUUAAAUCCGGAUGGUACCAACAUUACUGGUUUUCAAAUUUUGGACAGUCUUCAUAUAAACUACGGUGGAGGGGAGACCCUGUCUUCGGUCAAGAAGUGGGAGAAGAUUUACAUAAUGUUAGGUUGGACUGUCCUGUAUAGGAUCUUGUUUUACUUGGUAAUUCGAUUCUUCUCCAAGAACCAGAGGACAUAG